CCAUGAUCUGUACAAUGAUUUUGCAGAUCAGACUGUACAAAAUUGAAAGAAGGCACAAAGGUCGAUCGAUAACAAAAGCAAACAAAGGCCAUUGCUGUCGUUGAGGUUCACUGCAUUCAUUUUACAUUGCUGGGUAGAGGGACAUCGACGUUAUUAAUUCAGCGGUUGCAAGUCGAGUUGUUGGUCGGUACUGAAGUUCGUGAAAGAUGAGUCCUAGCUCCGUUCUCCGUUUGUUCGCUUUGGUGGCAGCCGCCGCCAUCUUGGCUGUAGAGGCAGAUAACUAUUGCUGCACAGCACCGCAGUAUGUAGCCUCGUUGGGCCAGAUCCAGGGUCUCUCGUUACCCUCCGGCCAAGGAGUUGCCCAGCUGAACACCAUUGACAUGGCUGCAGACUUCACAAAUAACAGAGCUGGCGAGGAAAUCACAUCUUUCAGUUUCGGAACGUCCACCAAGAUAAAAAUCAUCAUUGACUACAAGAACAAUGUCAUGUACACCAUCAUUGGCCAGAACUGCACCAAGUCUGAAGCACGUGGUGACUUCAUACAGUGCAUUCCAAAGACUGCCCGCUUCGAUGGUACCUCCUACAUUGGAGACAAGGAUCUGAUGAUAGACUCCUAUUCGUUCUUCGAGAAUGUGCCCAUGGUUUUCACUGGCAAUGCCUCUUUGUCCGUCACCCACAUGGGCUGCGUCCCGGUGGGCGUUGCGCUGAUAGGCACAGCAACCCAGACCUCUCCACCAAUCCCGUUGGUCAGUUCCAGCGGAUUCUACAACUUCACGAAGGGAAUCAGCGAUCCAGGGAGGUGGUUCAACGUACCUUCCAUCUGCCAACAGAGAGGGAUCGGCAGAUUCCAACGUUCCCCACUUCCGAUCUCCGAUAAUCACAAGGAAGUCAUGCAGCUGGUCUCCAUCUUCAACUCCGUGAUGCUGCCUGCUUUCAAGAAGCAGUAGACGUCAAUGACACUAAAAUGACAAAAAAAACCUGAAGCGCCCAUUCCACGAAUAAUUGCCCUUGCUUAAUCUUUGAGAGAAAUUCGUAGUGUGUUAAAAGUUUUAGAUCCACAAGGCCUAUAUAGACUGAAAUAAUUAUGAUAUAAAGAGAAGUAAAUGCGACACGCUGGUAACCAAGAAACUAAAAUAGCGUGAGCAAAAUACUAAGAAAUGCUGAGGGAAUUUUUUUUAGGAAAGCUUCCAAUAAGCGCAUGAUUUAGAUUUCAACUUAAUAAUGUAGCUGAUUUAAACCUAGGCUUUUGUCUUAUUUAACAUUUGGAUAUCUUGACAACCGUGAAAUGAAUGAAACUUUCAGACCAGGCUGUAGCGUUCUGCAUUUUUUUCUUCAAUCAAGUAUAUAAGAAUAAUAAUUCAUAAAAAUGUUUCGUUCGAUUUAGUAAAGUGUUGUGUGAUGUAGUGUGUUUGCUUAUGUACAAUUUUAGUAUCCAUAAGCUCUGCUUUUAUUCAUUAAAAGUGAUUUGAUGAUUUUAAAAUAGACUUAUAAGGUCAUUAUAAACAGAUUAAUUUUUUUAUAGACUCAUGUAUUCAGUGAAUACCAUUAGAAGAUGGAAAAUGAGUAGAUGUGUUAGAAAAGGGUAAUCCAAAAACAAUGGGUUGAUACGUAAAUGUCAUGAAAUUGAAAAAUAUAUUGAAACAUUCAUGUUAGAUAAUUUUUAGAAUUCGUAUGAUAUGCAAGAUUCCAUAAAGUUCUGAAAAUAGUGUAUGCAAAUAAAGGAAAGCAAUAAUUGCAAAACAGUUGGCUUUUAA